AUGCUCCACGAAAUCCUCCUCUCCCUCUCGGGCCACCCAUCCCCUCUCCUUCGUACACCUCCGUCGCCCGAAGCAGACGCCUCAGCGGGGAUAACACCUCCCGAACGACAGCUCCUCACAUCCGCCGGACACAUAAGCGACCUUCAUACCAAGCUCAUUGCUUACUCGGCCGAAGUGUCCACGCGACACCCAUCCACGAUAUGUCGCGCCGUCGCUACGGCCAUAAACUCAACACAUCUGGCUGCCUUUCAGCGAAAAGUCCUUCAAGUGGAGGAGAGCAUACUGAAAAAUGACCCCGAUCUAGUCGGGGCGUACAACAUUGUGCCGCUGACGGCUGUUAUGGGCGAGUUUCAGCAGUGGACGAGACGGUUGGAGUGGCUAUGGGAUACGAUCCAGUUCAUCAUGGCGUCGAACGAGGAUGGCAGUGCGUGUAGGGGCUCGACACUGAUUGAUCGGCUGAGAGACGAGCUUCAGAGCGGAUAUCAGGACGUGGCUGCCACGGCAGAGAGCCUGGUCAAGGUGGCCGAAACGACCUGGUUGAAGCAGGUUUCCGCUUGGGUGUUAUAUGGCAGGUUGCCGAGUUUUGGGGGUGGUGAUUUCUUUGUGCAAAAGAUACAGGGUCCGCCAGAGGAUUAUAUAUGUGUGGAAAACUGCCUCCCUUCAUUCGUCACAGGGGCAACAGCCGCAUCCAUGAUAUUCAUCGGCAAAUCACUCAACCAUGUUCGUGCCAUGAAUAGCACGAACUCUUCAUCCGGGGGACUAGCACAUGUAUCAGCCAAGCUGCACGAACUAUCAACCCUCACAUUCCCCCUCGAAAGUUCCGACUUUUCCAAAGCCAUCAAGGCUAUUCGCGUCUCCCUCUCACAAAACACCUUGCAACGAAUGCUCCCCCUCGCCAAGGUAUCAGAAAUGGUCCAACUCCUCCGCGACUUCUUCCUCCUCGGACGGGGCGAAUUCGCCAUGGCCCUCACCCACGAAGCCGACGAAAAGAUUCGGAACCGCUGGCGCCGAGCAGGCAAUCUCGCCUACGAAAAGGACGACAGCCUCAAAAACAUCACCGUCAAGGAUGGAGAAGUCGCCGCCGUCUUGAACAGAACAUGGGCAGUCCUCGUCUCCAUGCAGGGCCAACACGCAGACGAAGACGACCAACUUGAGCUCGCCCGAAAACUGAUACAGCUCCAUCUCACGAAAUCCAAACCACCCGCCGCCCUCGUCACAGGCAGAGGCCUAGACGUCGAGGCAGCAAACAUACUCGCCACAUCACCAUUCCGCAACAUGCUCUUCUCCGUCCCAGCCAUGCUCAGUCUCGACCUCCCCUCCCCGCUAGACAUGGUCAUCUCCCCAUCCGACCUCCAGCUCUAUUCCUCCAUGAACGCAUACCUCCUGUCCCUGCGCCGCGCCCACAUCCGCCUCACGGACCUCUGGAAAAUAACCUCUCUUCGCCGACACUACCCUUCCCCCCGCGGCGCGUCCGACCACGCCGUCACUCUCCGAGAACGUUGGUCAGACCGAGCCUGGCUCCUCCGGAGCACAUGGACCACCGCCAGCGCCGCCAUCUUCUUCCUCGCCGAAACAGAAGCCUUUUUCCAGACUGAAGUCGUCAAAACCCUCUGGGACAAUUUCCACAGCUGGCUCAUCCCGCCGCAACCGCACCAUCCCUCCCAAACUCCAACUCACGAUCCGCAAACCCUCUCCACCGCACACACCUUGUAUCUACGCACGCUCACGCACCGCCUGCUCCUCACCCAACCGUCCUUCACAUCCCCACUAUACAUCCUCCUCCAACACAUAGACCACCUCGUCACACACCUCCACCGCCUGCACUCGCUCUUCACGUCCCUCGACCUAGAGCACGACGCAGGUGUCGUAGACGCCUUUGUUGAUCUGGACCGCGAACAAUCCCAAGUAUUCAGUUCACUGCACAACAUACAACUCAAGCUGAAGCAAGGGAUAGAGAGCGUCGUUUCGGCACUGAGGAACUUGGAAAGCGAUUCUGAGUUCUUGGCUGAGUGGGAUGGGCAGGGGUUGGUCGAUGAUGAGAAUGAGGAGGGGGCCUAUGUGCCGUGUCGUGUGGGCGGGGUGGAUAGGUUGUUGAUGAAGUUGGAUUUUGGGAGCUGGCUGGGCGGGAAGGCCUGGGAGGAAUGA